AUGGAGUGGAUUGCUUGCUUUGUGUUGUAUUGUGAUGUUAUGUGUUUUGUAUGGAAUGGAUUGCUACUUUAUUCCACUUCACUCCCUAUUCAUAGUCCUUGCACACACACACACGCACACCGACCCAUGACCGAUUUGCUCUGGUCGGAUCCUGAUGAUCGCGCUGGCUGGAACGCCUCGUCGCGUGGUGCUGGCUACACGUUCGGCGAAGACGUCAGUAUUAAGUUCAACAAGGAAAACGGGUUGAGCCUAAUCACACGGGCUCACCAGCUCGCAAUGGAGGGAUAUAAUUGGUGUCACAACCAAAACGUGAUCACCAUCUUCUCAGCACCGAAUUAUUGCUAUCGGUGUGGAAAUCAAGCUGCCAUUUUGGAGAUUGCCGAGAAUAUGAAUUAUUCGAUGUAG